UCUCAUUACGUUGACGUGGCCCUCUGUGCUAGCCGGAAGCGAGAGGACUGAAAACCAAGGAAAGUGUCACACAUCAGAAAGCCAAACUGAAUCUGUAACCGACUAAAACUCACAUCGACAAGGAAUAACAAUGGUGAUGUUAUGUGUGUCCCCCUCCAGAAUGGUGACUGACGUGCAGCUAGCCAUCUUCGCCAACAUGUUGGGUGUGUCUCUGUUCCUGCUGGUGGUUCUAUAUCACUACGUAGCUGUCAACAACCCCAAGAAACUGGAGUAGAACUGCUUUGUCCAGAAAGGAGGAGAGAUGGAGGUGACUGAAGAGGACCAGAGAUAGUAGCAGUGAGAUGCCAUACCUCUUCUUGCAUUAGCACUGUCUGUCUCCCCCAGCCUCAUUCUGUACAGGAGUGUUUUCUAAUAAAAUGCCUCUCCAAACGCC